AAAUUUUGUUAAGGAGAGCUUCUGCGCGAGGUGCAAAUUUUGUUUUAAUUUAUAAGCGGCCGGCCAUCUAGCAGCCCGCAUAAUGCUUGAUGCAUACUCCCUAAUUAUAAAAUUAAAUCAGGUCUGUGCUGAAUGUAAGGCACAAUGACCUUGAAUCCUUUGUCCGCAAUAAAAUGACUGAUAAAACCGUACUUGCUAUUUACCCAGUAGGUUGUUGAUAAUGCAGUGCGAAAUAGGUACGCGAGAUUAACGCAUACCUAAUAACAUGAAUAGAGUAUCUCUCCUGUCUACAGCUGGCGCCCUCUUUGUUGGUCUCCUGGCAUUUGCUCUAUCGCCCGCCUGCUUGAGGUGGCUUCAUGGACUCUUGGCCGCCAGGACCCCGCCCUUGCCCAAGGAUGCAAUCGCCGACGUCGCCAUAGUCUUGGGCUAUGCGCUUUGCAGGAACGGCAGCCUGACGGAGCCGCUCAAGGGCAGAGUUCAAGCGGGCGUGGAUGCAUUCCUUCAGGGCCGUGCACGUCACCUGCUUUUCAGCGGCUCGCACCCCGGCGGUGUGGUGGUCCGCCGUACAGAGGCCAACGUCAUGCGCGAGUACGCAGAGCAGCUGAUGCCCGCCGGCGAGGCGGCCGGGUGGGCCGAGCGGUGGUUGGAGGAGGAUGCCUCGACGUCCACGUACGAGAAUGCGCUCUUCAGUCUGGCGAUCUGCAAGGAGAAAGGGUGGAAAACUCUGUUGAUAGUGACAAGUCCGUUCCACCAGCUGCGUUCAGAGCUGGUGUUUCGGAGGCUGGUUUCGGAGGCGACGAAGGCAGCUGCUGGGUUAGCGGGACAGGAAGCGGCAUCAGCAGGAGGAGCGGGGUUGGCGCGAAAGGACGAGCACCUAGCAAUGGAGGUGUUUAUGGCGCGUGCGGCCAUGGUCCCUCACGCCGGCUACUUCUCACCGCUGGCCAACCGCCUAGUGGACUUGUGGGACUGGAUCAGGGAGCUCCUGGCGCUCGUGUACUACUACACGAAAGGCCGGCUGUAA